UUUUAAAUGAUAUCGAGUGGAGGGAUAACUGCCAAUUUCCAGUAAUUCGUGAUGGGGAAACACCAUCUAAUUGGAAGAACCGAAUCUGGAAUCAAUUAGUGAAUUAUAGAAAUAACAAUAAAUUGACUGAUUACAAUAAGCGAUAUCUUAUUGCCAGAAAGAUGGAAUCUACAGAAAGAUUCAGUUAUCGUAUGGCGGUUAAAGUGAAUAUUGCUAUAUGUUAUAGCUAUGAUCAGUUUGUUUAUAUUGAUAAAAGAGUAGGAUAUGAAUUAUAUCACAAUUAUAAGAUGGAGGAACAUUGGCGUACAAAUUGUACUGGAAAUAGACAUUGUGAUAUAUAUUUCAAAGAGUAUAUAGAGCUUAAACAAAAACCAGAAGUUAAAAGCGAUAUUUACACAAG